GAUCGAUGGCUCAGAGUUGUGAGGUGUUUGGCUUCCACUCAUUAUUGCUGCAAUUAGGAUGCUAUUGGCAACUAAAGGAGUGGGCUGGGUGGGGGGCACAUUAAAAUCCACUGACCCCCUGCUAUUGUUAUCUAGUCUUGGAUGAUCAGUCAAACAACCCCUGAUGACAACUUAUUGUGGUCGAGAGGUAGGAAGGCAUCUCAAACAAGUGGAUUAAGUGAGUGAGCCGGGGAGUGAGAGAGAAGGAUGCGUGUCCGUACGUGUGUGAGAGAGCCGAGGAGACGGAGAGAAAGCGUGAGAUCGGAGAGCGCGGGGGGUGUUUGAGUUACGGCUCCUUGCGCCGGUGAGGAGGAAAUAAUCACAGUGUUGCUUCCUCAUGAAUUAUUAAGAAGCCCCCCUCUUUUUUUUGCUCCAGUCAAAAUGCUGCGUUUUCAUCCGUGGCUGUGAAGCAGAGCAGGAGGUUGUUGUUUUGUGUGUGCGUGUUUUCAUAGGUGUAUUACUGCUUGCGAGCAGGACUCAGCGUGCCGAACAAGUGCUCAGAUGAGCAGUCUGAGCGAGGAACCCGGAGCAGCAGCAACACUGCUGGAACUGAGAGACAGGCAGUCACCUCCACUCCACGCGGCAGCAACAGCCUCUCUCUCUCCCUCUCUCUCCUUGCCUUUUUUCUCUUCUGUUCUUUCUGGAGUUGAGAUCUUGUUCGUCACAGCGCAGGAAGAGAAACGUGGGGAGUGAGUGGAACAGGGGUUAAAAGCUACUUACCAAACAUCCCAAGCGCAGACCUGGCUGCCCACAUGCCGAUCGAAUUUGUUUGCAAAAUCAAAUUUGCAGAGGAGGAUGAGAAACAAAAAAGCAACCAGGAUGGGGACAAGGAGAGCCUAAUCGAGGAGAGCUGCAGUCCCCCAGCUAAAGACCUGGCCGGCUUUGCAAAUGCCUGCACGCUCCACGGGAUUAACCAUAUCUUCGUCUCGGGCCGGCUGGGUGUCAGACAGACCCUCUGGGCUCUAGCGUUCGUGGUGUCCCUGGUUCUCUUUCUGUACCAGGCGGCAAAGUGUGCCAUCUCCUACCUGGAGCAUCCUCACGUCACGGCGCUGAACGAGGAGGCCACCCCUGAAAUGGUGUUCCCCGCAGUGACCAUCUGCAACAUCAACCGUUUCCGCUUUUCUGCCCUUACCGAUGCCGACAUCUACCACCUGGCCAACCUCACCGGCUUGCCCCCAAAAAACAAGGAUGGACACAAGCCCACAGAUUUGGAGUAUCCGGCGCCGGACAUGCAGGACAUCUUCAACCGGACGGGUCACCAGCUGGAUGAGAUGUUGAAGAGCUGUAACUUUAGUGGGCAGAACUGUUCAGCUGAAGACUUCACGGUGGUUUAUACAAGGUAUGGAAAAUGCUAUACUUUCAAUGGGAAUAAAACAACCUCCAGGAAGACGAAGCAAGGAGGGAUGGGAAACGGGCUUGAGAUUAUGCUGGAUAUCCAACAGGAUGAAUAUCUGCCCAUCUGGAAGGAGACGAAUGAAACAUCUCUAGAGGCAGGAAUACGUGUUCAGAUCCACAGUCAGGAUGAGCCGCCCUACAUCCAUCAGCUGGGCUUUGGAGUUUCUCCAGGAUUUCAGACUUUUGUUUCCUGUCAGGAGCAAAGGUUGACCUACCUGCCCCAGCCCUGGGGGAACUGCCGCUCCACCAGCGAGCAGAUGAUUCCAGGUUACGAUACCUACAGUAUCAGCGCCUGCCGCCUGCGCUGCGAGACUCUCGAGGUUCUGCGUGAGUGCAAGUGCAGGAUGGUGCACAUGCCGGGAGAUGCCGAUAUCUGUACUCCCAGCAAAAUCAAAUGUGUGGACAAAGCACUUGCGCUGUUACAGAAAAGUUCAGGUGACACUUGCUCCUGUGAAACUCCAUGUAACCUUACACGUUAUGGAAAAGAGCUUUCCAUGGUCAAAAUCCCCAGUAAAGGCUCUGCCCGCUACCUAUCCAGGAAAUACGACAAGUCAGAAGAGUAUAUCAGAGACAACUUUCUUGUUUUGGACAUAUUCUUUGAAGCUCUAAACUAUGAAACAAUAGAACAGAAAAAAGCAUACGACGUUGCAGGAUUAUUAGGUGACAUUGGUGGACAGAUGGGUCUUUUUAUAGGGGCCAGUAUUCUCACCAUAUUAGAGAUUCUUGACUACGUAUACGAGGUGAUCAAACACAGGCUGAAGCGUUUACUCAGACCACAGCAAGAAGACAAGAAACACACCCAACCGCAGCAACAGGCCAGCACGGUCGCCACAGUAAAUCUUGAGGAAAUGAAAGCUAAGGACUCUGGCGAGAUGAGUCGGAGUCACUCGGAGGGUGCUUACGCGAACACCGUCCUCCCAAAUCAUCAUCAUCAACAUCGUACCCAUCGCAGAGUGUUUGAAGACUUUGCCUGCUAGGAACCUGCCCGGCAGCUCUAGUGCUGUUGACAACCACAGAAAGAGUCUCUGUGUACUGAGUUUGGGCUCAGUGAUAGACCCUCAGACCUCAGCGCUGAUCUCUUUUACUGUCACCAGUUAAAGCUACAGCCAAAGUCGAACUCGAAACCCUUGCUUCUAACCGAACGCAGGCACGGAUCGGACAACACACUGCGUUCCGGCGGGAGACCUGUCUGACACCCCCUUCUCUACCCCUCCUCUCACCGGAAGUGACAUCACUGACAAAUCUUAGAUUUCUACAUUGAAUACUUUGGUAUUGGUCCUCUAUAAUAUCAAGGCUGCAUGACAUAGAUCCACUUUAUUUAUUCUUCAGAUACUGUUUAAAACAUUACAUUUUUUAUAUUUUGUCAGCUGUUAAGAGUUUUCUUCAGUGAAUUCUCAUCUUGUGAAAUAUAAUUAAUCUACAAAUGUAAAUGAUGUAUUUGAAUCAUGGCUAUCAACCCUUAGAAUCCAAAUGCUUUUUUCUCAUAAAGUAAAUCAUGAGAAAGGUGUAGAAUAGUGAGUGUCAGAAAAACUCAAAUGUAUCCAAUUGGGUAUGUCUGGUAAAUGUUUUCUUUAUCUCAAAUGAUUUAUGAUUUAUUUAACUUAAAGUAUAUUGAAUAGUCCACUAAUUUUGUAAUGUUAUUUAUAGAGAUACAUGUGAGUGGUAAUGGGUGUCAUUAGCAGCAACAACAUAAUCUUUUUGUAAGGUUACUUCUCUUUGGAGAGCAGAAUGUGUACAGUAAAACCCAGAUGACAUGGUGGUAA